UGUCGCUUUUCAACGUCUAUUCAUUCACGGAACUUCACUCGACUGUGUCGUAUUGGAGUUUCGUCGUUAAAAAAAUUCAAAUUUACCGGCAAGUCUACUCAUCUAAGCGAUUCAAAACAAAGAUACCGAGAAUAUUAUUCUCUGAAGACGUCUCUGUGAACAUGGAUUGCGAAGCAACAAGAAUUAUCCAAGUUUCGCUGUCGAAAAUAACGGACUCGCGUCGUCGGCGUGGCGGUCCUGUGCUACGACGUAAUUUACUAGUUUCCCACGUCUUAAACAAUGUGUUAACCUCAACAGACUCUGCUUAUUGUACAUACAGAUCGAAAGUGGAGAUCGAUAUGGACAUAGACACUGUGGACAACGAAAUUGUGCCUUUUGACAAAUCGAAAAUGACGCCCGAUAUUCCGGGUGGAUCCGUGGAGGCAGGAAAUGCGACACAUACAGUUCGUUCCGCGGCAAAAUCAAAUGAAAGAGUCACGGAAAUGGAACAAAGCGUGCCCAGAAUUGUCAGGAAGGGCAAUGUGGAGGUUGUGGACAUCGAAAAAGCCGUAAAAGGUGAUAAUGUGCGUGGGAUAGAGAGGAAAACUGAAGUAAAAUGUGUAACCGGUUCGAAACGGGCGCGAUCACAGUAUGGUAAUGAACCUUGUGACAGCCACGCGGUUGAGAACAAACGCUUGAAAACUGAAAGCGAGAACGAACCGCCAGUCAAAGAACUGAAUUAUCAAGAACCUAUGGACAUCUCAGGACUUGUUAACGUGUUUAGCAGCAGCUUUUCUGGACUUUCUAGUAUUCCUAGAGCGACCUCUACAAUUGGAUCGAAUCUGGACUCCUUUCAAUGUCUCCCUCAAGUGCAGCCAGUCGGCCGCGUGUUCAGCUGGUCACAGACUGUUGUAGAGGCUUUUUAGCUGUGUUUUCGUACAGUGUUUGUCGUUAUUUUUGGCCAUUUUUGCCUUUGUUAUUGCUGCGUGCUCUUUAUACGCCUGCGUUUAAAGUUCUCCUCUCGCGCGAAUAUUUAUAUUGUGACGAAGCUUUGGCUUACGUAAUAAUUGGAAUGAUCGUCCGAUCUUUGAAUGUUUAACCUUCAUCUUCGUAUUUUCUUAUAAAGGGGACUACAGUCAUCACACAGUGAAUACAUUUAUCUCUUCAUCUCUUACCUUAAUUCAUAUUUUUCGAAAGCUGUUGCUGUAGUAGCUGUUGUCUAAGCAUUUCAUGGCGCAAGUGUUCUCAUGUUUGCAUCUUGCUUCGUAUAACUUAAAAAAAUGUAUAUUUUCAUAAAAGGCAUUAAAUUUUUUAUCUUAAUCAAGUUAAAAUGAAUUGCGUAUGAUAUUUUUAUUCUUUCUAAUGGGCAAGAAUCCUCAAACAUGUGUUGUUAGAAUAUGUUGUGGCAAGUCCGUGACACGGAUCAUUGUCAAUUCACGCAUUUGUAAUAUAUUUCGACGCGAAAUUCUUGUAAAACAAAGAAAUACUAUGAAAGAAAUAAAUAAUUUGAAAGGAA